AUGGAGGUGGUUGAGGGCGAAAUAGGAGGUGAUGCAAGGGUGGGGGCAUUGGAAGUGGUUCUGGUGCAAAAUAGGAGUGGCGUUGGCAAGGGUGGAGCAUUGGAGUGGUUUGGUGGAGGCAUUGGAGGUGGUUCGGGUGGCGGAAUAGGAGGUGGCGUUGGCAAGGGUGGAGGCAUUGGAGGUGGUUCGGGUGGCGGAAUAGGAAGUGGCGUUGGCAAGGGUGGCGGAAUAGGAGGUGGGAUUGGUAAAGGUGGUGGUACUGGAGGUGGUUCAGGUGGCGGAGUAGGAGGUGGGAUUGGUAAGAGUGGAGGCAUUGGAGGUGGUUCGGGUGGUGGAGGCAUUGGAGGUAGCAUUGGCAAGGGUGCAGGUAUUGGAGGUGGGAUUGGUAAAGGUGGUGGUACUGGGAGUGGUUCAGGUGGAGGAAUAGGAGGUGGAACUGGUAAGGGUGGAGGGCUUGGCGGGGCCAUUGGAGGUGGUUCUAUUGGAGGUAUCGGUGGUGGUUCAAGUGGGGGUAUAGGGGGUGGAGGUGCAGGAGGUGGUACCAGUGGAAGAAUAGGAGGUGGGGCUGGAGCUGGUAGUGGUGGUUCAGCAGGGGGUAUAGGAGGUGGUGUUGGCAAAGAUGGAGGUAUUGGAGGUGGGAUUGGUAAAGGUGGUAGCACUGGGGGUGGUUCGGGUGGAGGAAUAGGAGGUGGAACUGGUAAGGGUGGAGGGAUUGGAGGGGCCAUUGGAGGUGGUUCAAGUGGGGGUAUAGGCGGUGGAGGUGCAGGAGGUGGUACCAGUGGAGGAAUAGGAGGUGGGAUAGGUGGUGGGGCUGGUGCCGGUAGUGGUGGUUCAGCGGGGGGUACAGGAGGUGGAGGUGCAGGUGGUGGUACCGGUGGAGUAAUAGGAGGUGGGGCUGGAGCCGGUAGUGGUGGUUCAGCAGGGGGUAUAGGAGGCGGAGGUGCAGCAGGAGGCAUAGGAGGUGGAGGUGCAAGUGGUGGGGCUGGAGCCGGUAGUGGCGGUUCAGCAGGGGUUAUAGGAGGUGGUGCAAGAGGAGGAUUUGGAGAUGGCAUUGGCAAAGGAAUUGGUGUAGGUGGUGGAGGUGGGGGCGGUGUAGGAGGUGGAGGAUUUAGUGGCGGUGGAAGAUUUGGAGGAGGUGUUGGCGGAGACUUUGGAGGAGUAGGAGGAGGUGGCAGCUUUAGAGGAGGUGGCAGUGGGGGUUCAAGCAUAGGCGUUGGCAGUGGUAGUGGGAUAGGAGGAGGAUUUGGCGGAGGAGGAGGAGGAGGUGGAGGUGGGGGUGGGAUUGGUGGAGACUCUAGUCUUUGGGGCUGA